AUGGUGGAUAAAAAAAUUAUUAUAUCAAUUGUUCUUGUGAUAAUUGUUGUUUCUUGUGCUGUUGUAAUUCCUACUGUAAUAGUACUCCAUAAUAAUAAAGAUGAUACUGUCAACUUGCCUGUUGAUAAAAAUCAAACAGAAACCACAACCACAACCCUAACCACUUCAACUACGACUUCUUCGACAGGGGAUAUUACAACUGGAUCUACAACCUCUACUACGACCACCGGUGGAGAACCCGUUAUCAAUACAACUACCACUGGAUCACCUAAUAUUACCACAAGUGGAAGCCAAAUUGUAAACUCCACCACAUCAACAUCCUUACCACUACCACCUACCUCAACUUCAACAACUUCAACAACCUCAACAACCUCAACAACCUCAACAACCUCAACAACUGGCACGACUACUUCUAAACCAGCCAAUCCAACAUCCUCGACCUCUUCAUCAUCUACCUCAACUUCAACAACAACUACAACUGGAAAUGGCAAUCCUACCUCAUCUACAACUGGAAGUGGUACCUCCACUAGUACAUCAACUAGUACAUCAACUACUAGUACUAGCACCACAACUACAACCACCACAACUGGAACACAACCACCAGUACAUUCACUGGUAAGUGUGAAAGUCAACUCUAUCAAUUUUGCCCAAACACAUGUAAUACCACCACAAGGAAAAAUCUGGACAUUACCAUCUAUCACUACCUCCCUUCAUCUCUGUGGCAAUAGAGAUACACUGAUUCUUGUUCAAUAUUCAAGUUCCAUCAGUGGAAGUGCACCAUUGAUCCAAAUCUACAAUCCCAAUAAAUCAGGACAAUUGGCUCUCGUUGCAUCAUUGGUCUUGAAUACACCAGACAAACUGCCACCAACCAGUGAUAAUUUCCCAAGUGGUCCAUACCUUGCCAAUACUUAUUCUGUCACUAUACCAGCACAAUACAUUGUUCCAAACAUGCUAGUCCUUACCAGCUCAGAUUCUUCAGGUGCCACCUACCCCAAUGUUGGAAUGGAUGUCAAUAUGAAUAUAUAUUCGUUGCCAAUGUAUUUCUUUGGAGCCACACCAGCCAACACUGUGUCUUUGGGCACUGUUGCAUUACCAACACCAGCUCAACAGGAGAAUAUUUUCCAGCAGUGGCCAGUGUCUAAUCUUGAUUUCUAUAACCAUCCAAUGGAAAGCACAAAUUGGCCAUUCAUUGCAGUCUUACCAACAGGAUCACAACCAGCAAAGAGAGUAUAUAAUACAGAUCAAUUCUAUAAUAUGUUUGAUUUAAUGACUUUCUUGGUAGCCAUGUUACAGGAUCUUAGAAUUGCAUUCGGAGAUACAAAAACAAACAAUCUAUUAUAUGUACCAAUGAUGACAUUAAACUCGCAAGGUAAAUGGUCUUCUCCAGGAGGUGGUCUUGGUGCUAAUUCAGUUGGUACCGGUGACUAUGACUAUAGUGGAGGUGUCUACAUUCACGAGAUGGGACAUGCUUGGGGAUUAAUGCAUUCUGCUGACGCUUACAAUCAAGGAAAAUACCCUUAUCCAUCGGGAUGUGUCAGUGGAUCUACCUAUGGUUGGAGAUCCGACUCUAAUGAAUUCAUUUCCACCUAUCUACCACCAAGCAGUCCAGAUUUUGCUCAAUGCAAACUACAUCCAAUUGGAUCGAUAAUCUAUCAGCAGCAAAACAAUAUGUGUGUAAAACAAGAUAUUAUGCAGUCUGGUAAUAUGUAUCCUGACUUUGAUAUGUCGAUCAUGCAACAAAAAGCAGAGGGUACAACCACCACUGACAAUCAAAACAACCAUAUCAACAGUGGAGUCAUGAUCUAUGUUGAUGAAACCGAUAGUUAUAUACAAUGGGACACCAUCGAUAAGAAAUACGUGCCUGUCGUGUUGUCAAACAACUCUGGUUACCAAUACUUGGAUAUGGGACUUCCAAAGAUGCGAGAUGUCCUCGUCUACACCAUUAUCAUCUCUUACAAUUCGGCACCAUCUUCGAGUUGCCAAGAUUGUACUUUCAUCUAUCCAAUCAAGAACGUUCCUGCAGAUAAGGUCAUUACCCAAGUCGAACUACUUUGGACACCCCAAGGCUUUAGUUAUACUACACCAUCUAAUCCACAAUUCAAGAUACCAUUUACACUUAGUAUAUCUAUAACAGUUACUCUUUAUAAUUCAUUUACUCCAAAUUAUCAAACAUUUUCUUUUAUAGCUUCAGAUCAACUCAAUCAUACUGGUAUAAUAACAUAUGAAUUUAAUGAGAUUAGCAAUACAACAAUAUUUAACUAA